CUGUAAAACAUCUGGAUGUUGUUACUCCUGAGCUAAACAGGGGAAAAGCUGUUUCCCUGGUUCGCCAUGAAUUUGAAGAUUUUGUUCGCUAUUUUGGCGGUGGCUCUGGUCGCAAUUAUAGCCCUGAAUUGGAUCUUAAUAGUGGGCUUUGCAAAAUCGGCAACUUGUGAGUACACCAAGUUUAUAGAUGUGCUGGAGGAGAUGCAUGGGGAGUCGUUUCAGAGUCUGGUAUUUCAAGAUCUGGACAGUGAGGAGCUAACCAGCGUGGUGCAGUACCUGAGGCAGAAGAUUACAGUGAAGCUGGUGAACUGCAGUGAAGCCCUUCCAUCAGACAAUUACAUCUACAUGAUCGAACUGCACCUCCCCCCGAAAAGUGAGGUCUUAAAAUUUUUGGACAAGCAAGAACCCCAGCCGAGGAGAGAAGCCAGAGCGGUGGUGGUAUUUGGAGCUCAGAGUGAGCCUAAUAUCACGGAGUAUGUGGUGGGACCCCUUCCUUAUCCAACCUACCACAAAGACAUUUCUUCCCAGAAAUACCAGAACCUGAGUUUUCAUGCCAGACCUGUGACAGGCUUCGAAUAUAAAACCAUCAUUUCAAGAAUGGGAUUGGAAAAGGCCUCUCGGGUUAUUCGGGAAAGUUUUGGCUUAGACUGGGAAACGCUGAUCUACAUGGACUCUGCUCCUCGCGGUUUCAAAGCAGGGGACCGGGAAACCUGGUUCCCAUUCUUGAGAAACAUGAGCGGCCUCUUUAUGCACCCAGUGGGCUUUGAGGUGCUCAUAGACCACAGCAGCACCAAUCCCUCCCAGUGGAAGGUGAAGCAGGUCUUUUACAAUGGCCAGUACUUUGACAGCAUUGAGGAAUUGGUUGCUCAGUAUGACCGCGGCACCGUGAGGAAAAUCCGUCUGCACCGAGAUCAAUCCGAUUCGGACUAUGCCUCGCUGAAACCCCACGUCCAACAUAAAUCUGUCUCCCCUUUGCAAUAUGAGCCCCAGGGCCGCCGUUACAAUGUACUCUACAACCAUGUGAGAUACUUCAAUUGGCAAUUUGCUUUCCGCCACAGCACUGUCAAUGGGCUGCAGUUGUUCAAUAUCCAAUUCAGGGAGGAAAGAAUCGCCUAUGAAUUGAGUGUAGAGGAGCUCAACUCUGUGUAUGGAGGUGACUCGCCCUCCUUAAUGAGGACCAAGUUUCUCGACGUCAAUUAUGGAAUUGGCAAAUCUGUCAAUGAACUGGUGAGAGGGGUGGACUGUCCGUACGGUGCAACCUUUGUAGACACUGUUCACUUCUCAGAGAGUGAGAACCCAAGGCGGGUCAAGAACUCCAUCUGUAUCUUUGAACAGAAUAAACAAUUGCCCCUCAGGCGGCACUAUUUCAGCUGGAACACACCUCCCUCUUACGGGGGAGUGGCCGACUGUGUGCUGAUCAUAAGGUCAACCUCCACCGUGGCCAACUAUGAUUAUAUCUUCGAUUACAUAUUCCACCACAACGGUGUGAUUGAGACCAAGGUCCAUCCCUCAGGAUAUGCACUGACCACAUUUCUUUAUGAGGGCGGUCUUCUGUACGGAGCAAAACUUGAAGAGAACGUUUUGGGGAAUAUUCACACUCAUUUCUUGCAUUUCAAGGUGGAUCUGGAUGUAGCAGGAACAAGUAACUCUAUUGAAACAAAGGAUGUGGAAUAUGAGCUCAAAUCAGUCCCAUGGAAAAAUGAUCAGAAGGUAUAUGUAGCCACUGUGAAAAAGCAGAUAUUAGAGACAGAAAACCAGGCUGCUUUCAGAGCCGGGACAAAAAUGCCUAGAUAUCUGAAUUUUGUAAAUCAAGAUCGUACAAAUAACUGGAACCAUUAUCGUGGUUACAGGAUUCAAGUGGUGAGCUUCAAUCCUGACAGUGUACCUGAAGAAAUUCCAGAAGAAAAAGCUAUUUCCUGGCAAAGGUACCAGUUGGCAGUGACAAAGUACAAAGAAAGGGAACAAAGAAGCAGCAGCAUUUACAAUCAGAAUAACCCUUGGAAUCCUGCUGUUUAUUUUGCUGGCUUUAUUGAUAAUGAAAGUAUUCAAAAUGAGGAUCUGGUAGCUUGGAUUACAGCAGGCUUUCUCCACAUUCCCCACUCAGAGGAUGUUCCAAAUACCGCCACAGCUGGAAAUGGUGUUGGCUAUUAUUUAAAGCCAGUAAACUACUUUCAGACUGAUCCAUCUAUUAGUGCCGAAGAUGCUGUCUACAUUGAUCCUUCUCCGGGUGUGGAAGGAUGCGAGAACAACCCUGUAGCAUGUACACCAGAGUAUGCUACCUGUAUUCCCCAUUUCCCAGAUUUUACCUAUGGAACAGACUGAAAAUAGUAGCUGUUAAUAAUUAACAGGAUGUAAUUAGAUUGAAAAGAGAAGUUAAUCAUGACCAUCAUUCCCUCUAAUUUUCUUUCCACCUGCACUGGACUCCAAGGACCGUGUACAGCAGAAACAUCAGGUACCUAAGUCAAUGCUGUGAUCAGUGUACCAAUGCCGCUUGCCAUGCAUGGAACACUGGAAAUGUUGCACACAUCCAAUUGUACAGCUUAGAGGGAACAUUGCUCAUGACUAACCAUCACUUUCAAUGAAACUCUAUUGUUUCUUAGCGAGUAAAUCAUUUAAAUAGACCCCUUAUGAUCCACUUGCAGUUUCUCCAGUUCUACUAAUCACAUUGGGGUUGAUAGACAUUAUGUACAAGCUGUUGUUUUCUUAUAUGGUGGUUAGUAGUCCCAGUAAUUCAAUGUCAAAUAAUGAAGGAGAGUACAGAAUGGGCUGCUCAAAUUUCUGCACUUGAUACUGACCUUGUGUGCUGGCCAAGCUUCUUUAUUCACCAAACUUUAAUGGACAAGAAAUCCUGCCGAAGACAUACAGGUCCUUGGCCUCCUCCACCGCUGUUCCCACACCACCCGACGCCUGAAGGAAGAACGCCUCAUCUU